AUGCCCUCUAUCGAUGAGGCCAUGAUCCGGAGUCUCCGGGGAAGCGACUGGGAGAUCGUCAAGGACAAGGUCAUUCGAAGCCUUGCCGCCGGCCUGGUGCGGCGACAGGAGGUUGGUAACGCUGCAGUCGCCGACGCCGCGGACAAAGUCGAUGAUUUUGCGACCGCCUUCUCGAGCUGGGACAACUGCAUGAAUGUGCCCUGGUGCAAGUGGCCGGUUAUUGGCGUCAUUAUCAUUGGUGGUCUCAUCAUAUUCAGCAUCCUCUGGUGUAUCAUCCGCUGCUGUUGCUGCGGUCUCUCAUGCUGCUGUAGUUGCUUCCAAUGCCUGCAGUGCUGCGGCAACUGCUGCGGCGCUUGCGAUCCUCCUGGCGGCCGCAAAAUCAAGCAUCUCGACGACCCUUACGCCCCCCAGAACCAGCACCACGGAUACCGAUCAGAGCCUCCUAUGAACCCCUCGACUAUGAACUCGACUAUGCCCCAAUUUGCGCCUGCACCCAAGUCCUCCCAUUCCGAGCCACCCCAGUACGCCGAGUUCGAAAUGUCCAAGCCGCGAAACGAUGAUGCCCUCCCCGAAAUGCCCAGCUGGGACGAGGCCAGCAACAAGAAGGUCAUGGUCCAUGAGGAAGCUGUCGAGCUGGACUCUCUUGCCAAGAAGCCAGCUACAGGCCAGCAGGUGGGCGUCAUGAACAACGGUUCGAACCAGUUGAACCCAUACAGCCAACCGACCAACAACUCGAGUGGUUACUUGGCCCAUAACCAGGCCCAGGAUGCCUACUCGCCCAUUGAUCACCAGGCAUACAACUACAACUCGAUUGGUGGAAAUGGUUACUCAGACCAGGCAUUUGAACCCCCCACUGGUAAUGAACGAUAUGACCAGAAUCAAGGAUAUGGUCAUACGCAAGGUUAUGGUCAGAUGCAAGGCUAUGGUCAAUCUUCAGUUCAGAAUGAUCAUGCAAACUAUGGCGGAUAUCGAGGUGGCCCUUCGCCAGCUCCCCAGGGCUACGGCGUGAGGCAAGCUCCUCAGGAUGACUUUAACGGAUAUCGCCAAUCUCCCGCUCCCCAGAACGACUACGCCUAUGCCCAGCCUGCUCGUCAAUCUCCCGCCCCUCAGCAUGACUACGGUUACGGCCAGCAAUCUCACACCCCAGCCCCCGAAGCGCAUUAUGGCUCCCACCCUGUCCCCCAGCGACAGUACCCCCAGGAGCCCCAGUCCCCGAUCAACAACAACUCCGGCUUUGACUUCAACUCGGGCUUUGCACGGCCACAGCGCUCACCUACAUAUGAGGCGUACCCAGGUGCCAAGCCAUACCAGUUUUAA